AUGGUCCGAGAGUGGCUGUCCGGCCGACCCCUGUAUGGCGUGGUCAACAACGCGGGAGUCAUGGCAGGCUUCUUCUGCCAGACGGCAAAGAUUGAGGACUACAGGAGAGUUGUAGACGUCAACUACCUUGGGACGGUGCGCGUGGUGAAGGCGUUCCUGCCGGGGCUGCUGGAGGCCGGGGGGCGGGUGGUGAACGUGACUAGCAGCACCAGCCUGCACGCUUUUCCGCACUACUCGGCCUACACGCCGACCAAGCACGCCGUCGCGGCCUUCAGCGACUGCCUGAGGAUGGAGCUGCGGUCGCUGGGGGUCGCCGUCGUCCAAGUGGCCCCGGGGGCCAUGAGGACGCCACUCCUGGAGGGCGUCGUGGGCGGCCUCAAGGCCGAAUUUGAACGGGCGGACCACGCCACAAUUGCGCGCAUGGGCAAGAGCUUCCCGCAAGAGUUUGUCUCCCGGUUGCAGGCCAUCAUACCGGCCAUAGCCGAAGACCCCCGGGGGGCGGCUGGAGUGAUAGAGGGAGCGCUGCGCAGUCGCCGCCCCAAGGCGGUGUAUUUCGUGGGAAGGGACACGCGGGGUACCGACUGGCCGCUGUCCUGCCUGCCCCACUUCUUGAGGGACGCGGCUCUGCAGCGGAUGAUGGUCAUGCCGGGGUCGAAUUGA